GAAACAAAAUGGCGCGGUGUUGGCUGUAAACAAAGAUGUGGUUCUGUCUGCAGAAUGAUCUGUUUAAACUCUGUGGAGUCCGACGAGGCGAAGAAGAAGCUGUAACUUCCGGAAUAUAAAGAAGGUUAGCACGAUGCUAACUUAACUAGCAGCUAGUGUUAGCUCAACCAGCUAACUUCACUUCCUGCCUCUGUCUCCACAUCGUCUCACAUGUUGCUGAGAUCUAUAAACACAUCUCAUAUCUAUUGAUAGUAUCAGUGAGACACUGAGACACACAGCCUCGUAUGAAGAAGUGCAUUGAAGAAAAUAUAUUUAUGGAAAGAUCGCAACGACCUGGAUUUGAUUUCUGUCGAGCAAAAUGAUAAUUUAUCAACAUAUGGUCCUCCACUUGCUCUUAACUAACGUGAUAUCAGUCAUUCAGUGUUUCAUGUAUUUAAUCACACCUCGUCCGUGUCCAGGGAACGUUUAGGUUAGGAUGAACUGCAAGGACUGGUUACCUUGAUUAUUGGUUACCUUUGAGCGUCUCUUUGAACACUUCCAAACUUAUUUGUCAAUGCUUUUCAAAUGUAUAAUGUUUUCUAAAUUAUAUUAGAGUACAAUAAUAUUAAAAAUAAUGAUAAACCUUAUUUACAUAUUACACAAGUUUAAACAGUGCUUCAGUGUGAGGGCUGGACCCUUACAGCGAGGUCUCACCAGAAAUGAGCUGGCUCCUUAAAAUCAAAACAAUAUUUAAUGAACUGAUCGAAGCUAACAAUUGCAAUCUGAGUUACACUAUAUAGUAAUAUGAUCCGCGGAAAAGAGUCCACACACGCUCCAACCAGGAAGCCUGAUACCUGCAGGAUGAGAUGUGAUGAACUGCACCAGUUCCUCCUUUGAAUCUCCUUUCAGAGUCCUAAAGCACCCACAUGGCUGCCUCAGUUACGCUGCCUCAGGCUUAAAUCCAGCUGCUCCUCCUGGCUUCAGUCAGCUGACCACCCUCGCGUCACCUAUUGGCUGUUGGUCCGUUGCUCCUUCUGCUCGUCCCUCCCUCUGUUAGGCCCCGCCUCUACUUCCUCCUCUGUCAUGGUGGUCUCUGUCAUGGUGGUCUCUGUCAUGGUGGACUCUGUCAUGGUGGUCUCUGGAAUCCCUGUCUGUCCCUAUCGACUAUUCUUCACAGUUUAAUACUCAAUGAUUGUCUUUAAUGGUUCAACACUUCUACGGUAAACAUAUGAUACAUUUGAUAAGUAUUCUUGCGAUGUUCCAAAUACUACAUGUUUUACAAGUAUAAAGUGAUAUUCCACAUACUUACUAACAUUCUACUGUCCACCUCUAGCAUGCUAUAAAUCCUACUAAAUACACCUCAGUACCAUCAGUAUGAAAGGAGAGUUAAUGUGAACCCUGAGAGGAGGAGACUAUUAUGGGCUGUUUCAGGUAACAGACUCCUGUGAGCGCUAACCUUCUCGAACCCUCUGUCUCCUCUCUUAAAGAGACACACACACGUUUCAUCUCCUCAUUCAUUCAGCCCACACGUACUACAGUUACUUCUGCUUCAUGUUGUCUCAUCUCUCUGGACGUUGGAACAUUAAAUGGUUCUUCUAUCUGAUCAGUUCUACAAGGAGAAUGCAGAUGUAUUGUAGGAGCCUCACAGAGGACAGAAGCUGAUCUGAGUCUGCUGGUUCAUACUCUUGAUCUCUGAAGCUCAGUAGAUGAUGUUCUGGUGGCUGUGGAGCUCUCCUCUCCUGGACCCUGAACGCCUCAUGAGUCUGUCAUGUUUCUGUUGCUCCUCUGUGAAAGUAACAGCCCUUCAUCUUCUUCACCAUGCUGCAGAUGUGUGAGGACCACGUCAGGUUGUUUAACUUACAGCUGUGAACUCUGUGUGUGUGUGUGUGUGUGUGUGUGUGUGUGUGUGUGUGUGUGUGUGAGAGAGUGAGAGAGUGAGUGAGUGAGAGAGCUCCUUGUUUCUAGAAUCCUCUCUCUAAGAAGUCUCAUUGAUGUCUGAAUACGUCACAUGUUUCAGGGUCAGAAUGCAGAACGUAGUUUCUUUACAUUAUUCAUUUAUCUCUUGACAGUAGACAGUAUUGGAUAUAUUGUAAUGUAUAGUUUUCUUCUGGUUUCAUCAGAAUUAACGAGAUAAAAUGCUCCGUUCAAUAACGUUUCAUCUUUUCUACGUAUGUUCUGUCAGGAUCCAGAUUCACCUCCAACCAGCUGCUGGUCCACCCCGUCCAGUCUGACCCGGUCCAGGUGUGAUGGCGGGUCGAGCAGGUGGGCGUGGUCGGAGGAUGAUGAGUUUCAGUGUGGAGGCAGUCGGCAUCAACAGAGGAGACAGUUUACCUCCAUCAAUACAACAACCGACACCUCUGUUUCCUGUGAUGGAGCAGAAGCCCCUCCCCCUGACAGGUGGAGAGGAGGCGGAGUAUCUGUUGGCUCUCAAACAGGAGUUCAGAGGAGCCAUGAAGACUCUGCCCUUCUUCAUCCAGCCAGCUGCUGCACGGAGAGAUGUGGAGAGAUACUCUGACAAAUAUCACAGCAACGAGCAGACGGACAGACUGAUGGACUGGAAUCCAGUCUGGAAAAAAUUCCCGAAAGAACUCAGAGUGAAGAAACCUUCAAGAGACGGUGUCUCAGCAGCGGUCAGCUGCUCUGACAGACCUAAGUCGGGGCAGAAGAAGAAGAAAGAAAAAGAGGAAGUGCUGCUCAAACUGGAGACUCUGCAGAAGGAGGAGCAACAGAGCUCUGAGGAGGAGGAGGAGGGAGAGGAGGAGAAGAAGAAGAAGCAGGAGGAGGAGGCUGAGGGAGAGGAAGAGUACGACGAGGAAGAGUUCGAGGAGGAGACGGAUUACAUCAUGUCCUACUUUGAUAACGGGGAGGAGUUCGGAGGAGACAGUGACGAGAACAUGGACGAGGCUAUUUACUGAAACACUGAACACACACUCACACACACUCAACACGUAUUUUAUCAGCAGCAUUCUGUCACUUUUUACAGCUGAAAAAAAACCGUCCAGCAACAGUUUUAUAAACAGACAAAACUCAAUGUGUGUGAGUGAGUGGGUGGGUGGGUGAAUGAGUGAGUGAGUGGGUGAAUGAAUGAAUGUGUGUGUGGGUGAAUGAAUGGGUGGGUGGGUGAGUGGGUGAACAUUCAGUUGAAUACGACUCAUCAGCAUUUAUUCGUCCCAAGUUUUAAAGAUUUCUGAGUUAGCUGAAAAGUUUUUUAAGAUUUUCUAUCAACGUUUUAUGUGUUUUAAUCUCAUGUGAAAAAGUUUCUGUUUGUUGAAAAAUAAACUUCAGCUACAUGACGAGUUAAAGACAUGUUCAUAACCUUAUUUAUUAAAGUGUUUGUUGAA